CCUUUUCAGUGAAGGAACGGACUCUGGAAUUCCUCUCUACAUAAACUUUGUUCUCUCCAGUAGUGAUGUGGCCGCUCCAUGAAUAGAUAGCCCUACCCAUCUAUCAGCUCGCAUCAACAUCUUCAGCAACACACAACAAACAAAUCCAUCAGCUCACGAACAUGGUUCCUCAAACAUGGUUCGACCCUCGCCAACAACAAAUACAGUCUUGUGAAUCCAAGAUUGCUGUAUUGAAGGCAGAGAUUGAAAGACUCGAAAAAGAGAAGCAAAGCUUGGAGAGUGAAAUGACCAAAGACGCGAAGCUUCUGGCCACAAUUCAUGCACUCGUGGCCCACACUCGAGCAUUGGUAGAGCAAGAAGCCGUCGAUGACAAGCUCGAGGUUAAGAAGAUGGAGGCGGCCCAAGCCCAACAUCGGCAGCAAGCGGCGAGGACCGGUUUGGACUUGCUGCGGGCUCCACUGUCCUACAUUGCCAAACGCCUCAACGGCUAAGAAAGCUCAUCAGCACUUUUAUUUUACUUCCAGUGCAGGUUCUUGCUUUCGAACUGAGUUUGAUGAACUUCUGCAAUGUAAUAUUUCCCUUUGUGGGUUUUGCUCUUAUUGGAGAGGGUUGUCAACUUUUUUAUGAGCUGUGAGAACUUUCCACAGGUCAAAUACGACCAUCUUCUUAAUUACUAACCUCCUACUUUACAGCAAGUUAGUAUGAAGUUCAGAUACAAUAUACAAGUGCUAAACAUUGCUAAGUAACCAUGAAACUUUAAAAGUAGCAGUCAUACUAACAUCAUCCUCUAAGGUGCUAAUGGUGUUUCAUGUAGAUGUACCAAUUAUGUUGUAGUUCAAGUGAUUAAAGUGUUUGAAGACACGGGCUUCACACUUACAGAGAAAAAAAAAAUUCUCUUUAUGUGACACAUAAGAAACGAGCCUAAGUUCCUUGUGGGAACAUGUGAUCCACAAGUUUCUCUUCUUUUUUUUUUUUUCACCAUGAGGAGACCUAGUGUUCGAUAAAAACAGCCAAAUGUUGUAAAAAAAAAAGAGAGAAAUUAUUGUGUUGACAUUGAGGGAGCUACAACAAUGUGGCGAGAUAUGCUAGUUAUAGAUGUGGUAACAGAAGGAGGGCUUUCGGUAUGUUAACGAACAUGGCGACCAUUGCCCUGCGUCACACAAUUGGUAAUGACAGCCUGACAAAGUAAACUUGGGCACAAGAUGUGUGUUAGGCCCUUUAAUCGAAUAUAUAUGUAUAUUUUGUUUGGUCCAUUAUGUUAGUUUCCUUGACUCGACAUAGAGUUGAGCAUAGAUGUUGUCAUGUCUUCUCUUAUCACGUUUAUGUCGUAUACAAUUAUGUUGGUGUUGGUGUCGGUGUCUAUGCUUAUGUGUAUGUGGCUCAAACUCAAACACUCUAAAGUUAAUGCACUAAUAUGAUACUGCUAUGUUAGAAGAAUGUUAAUCAUCCAUAUUGUCAUACCUAGGGGUUAGAAAUGACAAUUGGUUACUCAUUGAGUAAUUUGAACUAAUUUUCAUAAUCCAUAUUAGUAUUGGGUCAAUCCAAAUGAGCUCAUAUGCACUACUAAUGUUUUGAAUUUGGGUUGGGUUGGGUUUGAAUUGAGUCCAUUUUUCUUUAUUUUCCACCAAAUAAUUCCCGUUAAGCAUCAUUACUUAACUUCCACAUGUGUUAUUAUAAAUUAUUGAAAUGUCC